CUUUUCCACUGUAUCAAAGCUUCUAAUCACACCCCUCGUUCCCAUCUCUUUCUCAUUCUCUGCAUCUUUAGGUUGGCGAGUUUAUAAAGAUCCCUCUCUUUUUCUCCUUUACCAGCAAAAUGCUCUUCUCGAUCUCCACUUCCACCUCCAACACCAAGUCGACUUCCAAUUGGCUCGAACGCCUCCACAGCUCCAGGGGUUUCUCCGUCCCCGCCCACCUCCACCUCGACCACUUCCUCUCCCCUGAUUCCGCUUCCAACCCUAGCCCUAACUCUCCUCCUCCUCCUCCUCCUCCUCCUCCUCCUCCUCCCCCCGAGGAAGUACUCUCCGAUCCGCCGCCUCCAGAGCCUCUCGCCAAUCCACGCCGCCGGAAAAAACAUCUGCAACCGCCUCCGCCCCCGGGCGCUUCUACUGAUGGGAAGCAGCGGCUCUUCGAUCUCGUGGGCGGUGUCCUCGCGGAGCUCUUUGUUAUGGGAGGACCGCCCGUGGUCCGGGCCCUCAAGGCCAAGAAGAGCUCCCGAAAGCAGCCCAACCCUAAGGUCUGCGUACCCUCGGCUUCCGCCAGCAUUGACGGCUGCCGUUCCCUUCCGGCGACGUCUCCGCCCUCCAGCGCGGACAACAGUGUGGCCGAGGCCAAGAAGAGCCGGUCAAAGCUGCGGAGAAAGCGGGGCACGGCCGGUAGUCCGGUGGACUUGGACUUGUCGGCGUACUCGAGGACGGAUGUGACGGUAAUUGAUACCAGCUGCCCGGGGUGGAAGUCAGAGAAGGUCAUCUUUAGGAAGGGAAUUAUGUGGAAGGUCCGGGAUAAGAAAGUGUGGACAUUGAGCAGGAAAAAAAGGAAGAUGGGUCUCGUGGGGAGAUUGAUUAAUGAGAAAGACAAGGAACAGCCUCUGGCUGAACCAAAAGUUCAAGCAGAUGAGGGGAUUUUAGCAUCAUUUGUUGAAGGUGGUGAUCCUGUCGACAAGAGGGAUGCUUCUGGAAAGAUAGGUGACCAGGUUCCAAUUUCCAUACGAAGGCAAGCUUGCUUGGAUCAGUAUUGAUUAUGUUAGCAUUUCUGUGUUCUAUGGAUGGCAUAAUGACCAAGGCAGAAGUUUUCAAGAUCCCCACGUACACGAACAGCCGAAGACUCUGCUUUCCAACCAAAUGCUACAAGCAGCAGGAAAAAUGGUGUAUCGUGCCCUAGAAGUUCACCUAAAGAAAGAUGAGAUUCUGAAGAAUUUGGAGUUGUCCCUGUUCAUUCAGUUGGAAAAGGUUUUCCAAAGGCCUGUCUAUGCUCUGCAGCUUAAUGAAAUGCUCUUUGCAGGACAAGGUAUGGAAAGUUAUUCUCAAUUUGGUCGUUUGUAACUGCUACUGGAUGCUUGCAAAUUCACCAUGGGGUGGCUUUACUGUCUUGUGGUUGUGGUCUGAAGUUUAUUUUUCUUACCAUUCCUUGUCACACAGUCACCUUAAUCUGUUAAGCUGAGAUGAUUGUGUGGUUGUUUGUGGGACACAUUUGUCUAUUUAAACUCUUAUUCUUGUCGGUGA